AUUAGGCGGCCCAGGGUAGUGUGGGCGCGCCAGGGAGCUAUGAGGUGACAUACGGGGUGUAUGCUGGAUGAUGAGAACUCGCUGAUGUCACGUGAUGUGGCAAAUUGAGCCGAAGUGGAACCGCAUUAUGUUGUUGGUUGUGCUGAGGCAAAGACCGAUCAUCACAAUUGCACAUCAGGUUACCGGUGAGAAAUCUGUGGUUGGGGGCAGCGUUAAUGAGGACUUGCCGCGGCAAGAGGGUCACCACGAAGGUAGCCUCACCAACGGUGGUGGGUCUAUCUUCGAACCCUGGGAGUGCUUCUGUGAGCAGCUCUCAGGGAAACACCUCGGGCCAGUAGGAGUGUUAACCGCUCUUACUCAUGCUGAAGUGGUAACGUUGCCUUCCCCACUUCAGGUGUUGGCCAAGGCUAGUGACCCACGUAUCGCCCCGCAGACACAUUCAGACCCAACGACGCUCUGUUCGAGAGAUGUGUCUGAGGCCCUAGAAGAGUUAGAGAUUGAGUGGUCAGGGAAGGACCCCAGGGACUCUUGGGCGAUGAUCAGUAGAGGUCCAAAGGGUGAGCAUUUCAUGGUAGAAGUAGAUGUUGGUGGCCGCAAGGUUGGCGCCUUCGCAGACAUAGGCUCUACACGUAAUUUCAUCAGUCGUGCUUGUGUGGAUAGACUGCGCUUAGGGGACCAAGUGCAGCGGCUUAGCAGAACUUUAGCUUCUACGCUAGCCAACAAGCACAAGAUGGUAGUAAAGGACUAUGUCAAGGACGUAGCCUGUACGUUCUUCUAUGGAGGAGGGGAAGUGAUCCACAAGAUCUCCUUCCUUGUGAGCGAUGAACUACCAUUCGAUAUGUUACUAGGCAUGUACUACCUCGAAGUCUCGCAACCUCAGUUUGACUGGAAUAGAAAGGUGUUGAUCCACAAAUUGCCCAAUGGUAGAACUGUUAGAUUGCAGAAGUAUAAAUCUAGCAGUCUAAUAGAGAACUACGGGUGUAUGUGCGCUUCAUCCUUCUAUAACUAUUGUAAGCAGAAUCAGGAGGAGGGCAUGUAUCUAGUCUUUGUCUCUGAGAAAGGGGAGGCCGUUAAAUCACCCCCGGAGAUAGAAAGAGUCGUCUCACAAUAUUCAGACCUUUUUGUGGAGCCCACAAACGUGGUGGAAUGGGAGGUUGUCCAUGCAAUAGAGGUUGUCCCAGGUAGUGGGGUGCCUAGAGGACGAAUCUAUAGGAUGUCUCCUGCGGAGUUAGAUGAGCUUCGCCGCCAGCUCAAGGAGCUCACAGAGAAGGGAUGGAUACGGCCUAGUACUUCCCCUAAUGGUGCACCAGUCUUAUUUGUUCCUAAGAAGGGAGGUCCAUUAAGGAUGUGCAUUGACUAUAGGGGCCUCAAUGCCAUCACCGUUAAGAACGCGAAGCCCCUACCCCGCAUUGACGACCUCUUGGAUAGAGUGCAGGGAUGUUGGUACUUCACAAAGAUAGAUUUGAAGUCCGGAUACCAUCAAAUUGCCGUUAGACCUGAGGACCAGCACAAAACCGCAUUUCAGACCAGGUACGAUCUGUACGAGUUUGUGGUGAUGCCCUUUGGCCUAUGCAAUGCACGUGGUAUGUUCCAGCACGCGAUGAACCGGAUCUUUCAUGACUACUUGGACAAGUUUAUCGUCGUGUACCUCGACGAUAUUCUCAUCUUUAGUAGGACUGUAGAGGAGCACGCUGAGCACUUGAAAACAGUGCUAGGUCUCCUUAGACAGCACCAGUACAAAGUGAACUUGGAUAAAUGCGAGUUUGGUCGCACCAAGAUCCUGUACCCGAGUCAUGAAAUUUCAGCAGAUGGAUUGAGGUCAGAAGAUGCGAAGGUGGCCAACAUACGUGACUGGCCCAGACCUCAGACUGUUACUGAGGUCAGAUCGUUUUUGGGGAUGACAGGCUAUUAUCGUCCGUUUGUGAAGAACUAUAGUACUAUAGCCUACCCAUUAACGGAUCUAACUCGACUUGACACCCCUUGGGAGUGGACUGAAGAGUGCGAAGCAAGCUUCAAGAAAUUGAAGUAUGAUCUGACGCACUAUGAAGUUCUCAAGCUUCCAGAUCCUGACAAGCCAUUUGUUGUGACCACAGACGCUAGCCAAUAUGGCAUAGGCGUUGUCCUUGCGCAACAGGAAGGGCCCAAGUUGAGACCGAUCGAGUACAUGAGCAAGAAGAUAUCAUCUCAUAAGUUGGCUAAGUCCACUUAUGAGAGAGAGCUCUACGCCCUGUAUAGAGCGCUAGUUCAUUGGAGACACUACCUCCUAGGAAGAUUCUUCUAUGUGAGGUCGGACCAUGAGACUUUGCGMUGGAUCAAGACACAACCAGUCUUGUCGGACGCACUCAAGAGAUGGAUUCAAGUGAUAGACAUGUAUGACUAUCAACUUGAUCCUAUCAAGGGACACGGUGUGACUAUUGGGCUUGCAAUGUGAUGGUGUGAUCUGGGUUUGUCAUCUCGCUGUUGCUUAUUUUCCUUGCACCUUCUUCAAAACAAAAUCCCCCAAGACUC